GUGAAAAAAGCCAAGAUGCAGGAAUCCAGAGAGCAAAGCCUGAGUCAUGUGAGCAGUGCUGAAGUCACCGACCAGAAACCUGAAGCUUCAAGCCUUGGUUCAAACCUUCCCAUGUCCAGUGACAUUAUGACAUGCACUGAUUAUAUCCCAAGGUCAUCGAAUGAUUAUACCUCACAGAUGUACUCUGCAAAGCCAUAUGCACACAUCCUGUCUGUACCUGCAUCGGAAACCAUGAGCCCCUACCCUGCUCAGACUCAGUACCAAGCCCUACAGCAGUCUCAGCCCUACACCAUCUACCCCCAAACCACCCAAACCUAUGGACUACCUCCUUUUGGUGCACUGUGGCCAGGUAUGAAACCUGAAAGUGGUUUAAUUCAGACUCCAUCUGCAAGUCAGCACAGUGUUCUUACCUGCACUACAGGGUUAACCACAAGCCAGCCCAGCCCAGCACAUUAUUCUUAUCCCAUUGAAGCACCAACCACCAAUGCCAGUGCAGCCUCCACAUCUUCAACUGUGGUCAAUAUUUCCACGUCAGCAGUAGCCAGCAUCUCACAGGAGUAUCCUACCUACACCAUCCUUGGCCAGGGGCAGUACCAGCCAUGCUACCCCAGCUCUGCCUUUGAGGUCCUCCCAGCAGCAGACAGCAGCACGGAGAGCGCAGCGCUGGCAGGAGCUCCAUACCCCAGCGACAAGCCUGGCACUGUGGUGCCCACACAGAUGGGGCAGAGACAUUCCUCUGGAGAUGCAUCCACAAGCCCUUCCCUGUCAAGAGCAACAGCAAGUAAAGAGUUAGAUGAGCAGGCAAGAAAAAACAUCCCUGGGAAGAACAGGGGGAAGAGGAAAGCAGAUGCCUCCUCUUCACAGGACAGUGAGCUGGAGAGAGUGUUCCUGUGGGACUUGGAUGAGACCAUCAUCAUCUUCCACUCGCUUCUCACAGGCUCUUAUGCCCAGAAGUAUGGCAAGGAUCCAACUCUAGUGAUUGGCUCAGGUCUGUCGAUGGAGGAGAUGAUUUUUGAACUAGCUGAUACUCAUUUGUUUUUCAAUGACCUGGAGGAGUGCGACCAGGUGCACAUAGAAGAUGUGGCAUCUGAUGACAAUGGCCAGGAUUUAAGCAACUACAACUUCUCCACGGAUGGCUUCAGUGGCUCUGGCAGCAGUGCCAACCACAGCUCCUCGGUGGGCGUGCAGGGGGGAGUGGACUGGAUGAGGAAGUUGGCAUUCCGGUACCGCCGCGUGCGCGAGCUCUACGACAAGCACAAAGCCAACGUGGGAGGCCUUCUUAGCCCACAGAAGAGGGAAGCUCUGCAGCAGCUAAGGACUGAUAUAGAAGUGCUAACAGAUUCCUGGCUGGAAACUGCAUUGAAGUCCCUGCUGCUCAUACAGUCAAGGAGAAACUGUGUGAACAUCCUGAUCACCACCACCCAGCUAGUGCCAGCUCUUGCCAAAGUUCUCCUGUAUGGACUGGGAGAGGUGUUCCCCAUUGAGAACAUCUACAGUGCUACAAAAAUAGGCAAGGAGAGCUGCUUCGAGAGGAUUGUGUCACGCUUCGGGAAGAAGGUCACCUACGUGGUGAUAGGGGAUGGACGUGACGAGGAGGUGGCAGCCAAGCAGCACAAUAUGCCUUUCUGGAGGAUCACCAACCAUGCAGACCUGGUGUCCCUUCACCAAGCCCUCGAGUUGGACUUCCUGUAAGAAGCUGGAGCAGAGGAGUGACUGCAGCUGCUGC